AUGAAGAUCAAAACAGUGAAUAGCAACAACAAUGCAAUAGAGGUUUCUGAUCUAGUACAAAGUGAAAAUGAAAUUCAAGAAGACUUUAUUAUGGAAGAUACAUUUACAGACGUAAAAAUUCACAACGAAAUAGAUGCCACAGAAAUCAAUGAAAAUAAUAAAUUGAUAAAUGAUCAAUUAGAAGUAGAUAUUGAAUUUCACGCAGGCUCAAAUGUCAAAGGCGCAUUUGCUGAGAAGGAACAAUAA